AGCGUGUUUUAGUGGAACCCUUAAUGGUGAGAAAGCAUGGCUGAAAAACAGCGUAUAAAAAUGUUAAAAGGAACGCUGAAAGAAGAAAAGGAUGAGGAUUCAGAAGGGGCUGAUGAGGGAAAUGAAGAGCGGUGUAAUAAUGAAAAGCCUAAGGAAGAAUUUAUUUUGGAAGAGGUCUUACGUCUUGGUGGGACCAAGGCGGAUUACAUUAUGCUGGCUGCGUUGGAUGAGAUGGCAGAACUUGUGGAUGGUGGAAAGAAAGACUCUGUUGAUGAUCUUAAAGAAGGAGAGCUGGAAAACUUUAUCAAUAAACUUGGUAUCAGUUCUUAUGCAAAAGACCAGCUAUCAGAGGACACUCCCACACCAAAAGAGAAAGAAAACAAAAAGAGCAAGUGUAGUAAAACUGAAGCACAGGAGCAUUCGAAGGGUGAAAAGGUUAGAGCAGAGGUCAAAAAACGUGUUCAGAAAACUGAAGUGAACAAUAGCACAGGUAUAGGGAAGAAAUGCAGGGAACAGAAUAUUUUUGAAUUCCAGCCACGGAAAGUGUUAUUGAUUAAGCCAGGAGGUAAGUGGUAUAACAUGGAUUACACCAAUGAGUUUACUUCCACUGUACAAGAUCAAGCAGUUGUUGCAAAGUACAAAUCCUUGGCUCAGAAGCUUUUACAAGAGGCAGUGAGCUUAUUUAAAAGAAAGAAGGACCUUCAGAAAGAUGGCAAUUCAUCAUGGAUAAAAACUAUUGUUUCUGCUGGAACAUUAGCGGACAGAAUGGCAGCAAUGACACUUCUCAUUCAGGAUGCACCUAUUCAUAGUUUAGAGUUUUUGGAAAUGCUUGUGAACCAAGUCAAAAAGAAAGGCAGUAGAAGACAAGGUUUAAUGGCCUUGGAUACUUUAAAAGAGCUACUGCUCGCUGACCUACUCCCAGAGAACCGCAAACUAAAGACUUUCUCAGAGCAUCCAUUUGACAGACUUGAGGAGCUUUCUAGUGGAAACAGGGACUCCCGAGAUCGCCGUCUUAUCCUCUGGUAUUUUGAAUCUCUUCUGAAACACCAAGUAGCUGAGUUUGUCAUAGCUUUAGAGACAUUAACUCAUGAUACUGUAGUGGCAACAAAAACGCGGGCCCUUGUCAUAGCUCAUGAACUUUUGUGCUCAAGACCAGAGCAGGAGAGAGCCUUGCUAAAGCAGCUUGUUAAUAAACUGGGUGACCCUGUGUACAAAAUUGCCACUAAGGUGUCUUAUCUUUUGGAAGUUCUACUUCACCAACACCCAAAUAUGAAGUCAGUGGUAUGUAAUGAAGUGGAGAGUCUUCUGUACAGACCAAAUGUCCAUGCCAAGACUCAGUAUUAUGCUCUGUGCUUCCUUAAUCAGAUUGUGCUUAGUCAUGAUGAGAGUGACCUUGCAAGCAAACUCAUAACAAUAUAUUUUUCUUUCUUCAAUGGUUGUAUUAAAAAGAAGGACGUGGAAUCAAAAAUGCUUAGUGCCUUGCUAUGUGGCAUUAAUCGAGCUUAUCCAUAUGCAAAAGUUGAGGAUGAAAAAAUAAGAGAACAGAUGGACUCUCUUUUUAAAGUGGUGCACGUGGUGAACUUUAACGCUGCUCUGCAGGCCCUAAUGCUCCUAUUUCAAGUUAUGGACUCACAACAAAUGGUCUCUGACAGAUACUAUGUUGCACUCUAUAAGAAGUUAUUGGAUCCUGGUUUAUGCCAAUGUUCAAAACACUCUAUGUUUCUGAACUUGUUGUUCAAGUCCCUGAAGGCUGAUGUUGUCAUUCGUCGAGUAAAAGCCUUUGUGAAAAGGUUGCUACAGAUUAGCAUUGGGCAAAAUGCAGCUUUUGCCUGUGGAGCCUUAUACCUGGUGUCUGAGCUGUUGAAGAGUAAACCUGCUCUUCGCACAUUUCUACAGGAGCAUGCGGAAUCUGAUGAUGAAGAGAAGUUUGAAGACAUAGAUGAUGAAGAGGAGGAAGAGUUCACAGAUGUGGAUAAGGAGAUGCACAGAGAUGAUGAUAAACCAACAGAUCCAAAUUGCGUCAAGCCAGCUGUUUCUUGGUUACAUCAUAAAAACAUGGAAGGUGUAAAAAAUGUACAGUGCUAUGAUCCUUUACACAGGAAUCCAUUAUACUGUGGAGCUGAUAAAUCAAAUCUUUGGGAGCUUAAUGAGCUUUCUAGACAUUUCCAUCCAUCUGUUGCUCUUUUUGCCAGAACUAUUUUACAGGGUGACUUUAUCCAAUACUCUGGUGAUCCUUUGCAUGACUUUACUCUCAUGAGGUUUUUGGACCGGUUUGUAUUCAGGAAUCCUAAACAAAAUCGUGGCAAAGAAAAUACUGAUAGCGUUGUUAUGAAACCUAAGCAGAAGCUGUCCAUGAGUAAUAUACGCUCCUUACCUGUGAAUAGUCAGCAAUUUCUUGAAAAGCCUGAAAGCCAGAUUCCAGCUGAUGAAGUGUUUUUCCAUCGAUUUUUCAAAAAACGUAGUACUGAGAUGCUAUUACGUAGGCCUUCAAGAGGUGGGGAUGACGAGAGUGUGGACGAUGUGGAUGAUGAUGAAUUUGAGAAGAUCUUGGAUGCGUAUGAAGGUAAUGAUUACUGCAAAGAUGUGAAAAAUAUUGAGCUGGAUUUUGCAAGCAAUAUGAAGGCAACAUCUAAAAAGAAAAAGAAAGAUACAGAUGAUUCUGAAUCAGAUGAUGAUGAUGAUGAUGAUUUCAGUAAUCUGGAUGAUGAAGAGAUAUCUUUAGGUAGCAUGGAUGAAGAAGACUUUGGAGAUGCAUUGGAAGAAGAAGGAGGAGCCUUUAUGGAUACAGAUGACAAAGACGAUGAAGAUGAUACUAAUAAUACUUUUGAGAUUUCAAAAAUGAAAACUGGUAAAAGAAAGAAAAGUGAAGAUCUGGAUUUCACUGAGACAUUUGGGUUGAAAAAAGGCCAGAAAAAAAAGCGAGGAUUCAAUGAUGACAGCAGUAUCUUAGCAGCAGCAGAGGAGUUUGGAUAUAUGCUGGAUGACAAUAUGGGGUCAAAGUUUGACAAUAUUGGAAUAAAUGCAAUGGCAAACAAGGAUAAUGCAGAUAUGAAGCAAAUAAAAUGGGAGUUGCAACGUGAUGACUGGCUCCAUGGCAGAGAUGCUAGAACUUUACGGACGAAGAAGAUGAAGUUUAAAAGGAACAAAUACCCAGAAAAAAAGAAAGGAAUCUACAAAAAGCCAAGAAAAUAACUGUAAUGGUGGAGCUAACUAAUACUCACUUUCAUGUUUCUUUUUUAUAAGACCAAGCUUCUUCAUCCUUUUCUUUAAUUCCAUAAACUCCUGCCAAUUCAUUUGACUUGUAAUAAACUGAAAUACAGAUUAUUUUUAUUACUGGGACACAAUAUAAAA